AUGAGUUCCAAAGAGAGUUGCAGAAGCGAACUUCGCAUCGCGAUCCGCCAACUCAGCGAUCGAUGUCUCUACUCUGCUUCUAAAUGGGCAGCAGAACAGUUGGUGGGUAUUGAGCACGACCCUGUUAAGUUCACUCCUUCCAACACCAGAUUUCAGCGUGGGAGUUCGAGCAUUCGCCGGAAGUACAAGACUCAUGAUAUCACUGUGACACCAAUUGCGGGUGUUUCGUAUGUCGCCACACCCGUGAUGGAGGAAGAUGAUCUUGUAGAUGAUGAUUUUUACCUGCAGGCAAAGACUUAUUUUGAUUGCCGUGAGUAUAAGCGAGCUGCUCAUGUUCUGCGUGAUCAAAACGGAAGAAAAUCUGUAUUCUUGCGCUGUUAUGCUCUCUAUCUGGCAGGAGAAAAGCGAAAAGAGGAAGAAAUGAUAGAACUUGAGGGGCCUCUGGGUAAGAGUGAUGCUGUCAAUCGUGAAUUAAUAUCCUUAGAGAGGGAGUUGUCAACACUUCGCAAUAACGGUAAAGUUGAUCCUUUUGGUUUGUACUUAUAUGGUCUUGUGCUCAAACAGAAAGGCAGUGAAAACCUUGCACGUACAGUUCUCGUAGAAUCCGUGAAUAGCUACCCUUGGAACUGGAAUGUCUGGACUGAACUGCAAUCUUUAUGCAAAACAGUUGAUAUAUUGAAUAGUCUUAAUCUCAAUAGCCAUUGGAUGAAGGACUUUUUCCUUGCCAGUGUUUACCAAGAAUUAAGGAUGCACAAUGACUCUCUGUCAAAAUAUGAAUAUCUUUUGGGAACCUUUGGUAAUAGUAAUUACAUACAGGCACAAAUUGCAAAAGCCCAGUACAGUUUGAGAGAAUUUGAUCAAGUUGAAGCAAUAUUUGAAGAACUGCUUAGUAAUGAUCCUUACAGAGUAGAAGACAUGGACAUGUACUCCAAUGUGCUUUACGCAAAGGAAUGUUUUUCUGCUUUGAGUUAUCUUGCGCAUAGAGUAUUCUUGACUGAUAAAUACAGACCUGAAUCUUGUUGUAUUAUUGGAAAUUAUUACAGUUUAAAGGGGCAGCAUGAAAAAGCAGUUGUCUAUUUCAGGAGAGCUCUUAAAUUGAACAAAAAUUUCUUAUCUGCUUGGACACUAAUGGGACAUGAGUUUGUUGAGAUGAAAAACACUCCUGCUGCUGUGGAUGCCUAUCGUCGGGCGGUAGACAUUGACCCACGUGAUUAUCGAGCUUGGUAUGGACUUGGACAGGCUUAUGAGAUGAUGGGCAUGCCUCUCUAUGCACUUCAUUACUUCAAAAAAUCCGUAUUUUUGCAGCCGAAUGAUUCUCGGUUGUGGAUUGCAAUGGCACAGUGUUAUGAAACUGAUCAACUUCGCAUGCUUGAUGAAGCAAUAAAGUGUUACAGAAGAGCAGCAAAUUGUAAUGACAGGGAAGCAAUUGCACUCCACAACCUAGCAAGACUUCAUUCGGAGCUGGGGCGUCCUGAAGAGGCUGCAUUUUACUACAAAAAGGACUUAGAAAGAAUGGAAUCUGAGGAGAGGGAAGGGCCUAAAAUGGUUGAGGCUUUACUCUAUCUUGCAAAGUAUUACAGAGCCCAGAAAAAGUUUGAAGAAGCCGAGGUAUAUUGUACACGUCUUCUGGAUUAUACUGGACCGGAGAGAGAAACAGCAAAGAGUAUUCUUAGAGGGAUGCGAACCGUACAGUCCGGUUUCCCUUCCAUGGAUGUUGAGCAUUUUCCUCAUAAUUCCUCUUGA